AUGGCGAUGAUGAUGACUGGCCGUGUGCUGCUGCUGUGUGCCCUCUGCGUGCUGUGGUGCGGUGCCGGCUGUGGGGUAUUUGCCGAUCAGGAUGAGGAACUUUCUACCGAGAGUCCUGGUGGCCGUUCGAGUGGUGGAGAUCCUCUGGAAACAAAAGAACUUGAAAAUCCAGUCCCACACGGCGCAGACUCAGAAAUACAGUCACCAGUGGUGGAACAACCACAAUUGAACCAUCCACAAGAUCUACGCGGCGCCGCAACGGAAUCUUUGGGGGAAGGAGAAGGAGAAGGAGAAGGAGAAGAAGAUGAUGAUGAUGAAAAAGAAGAUGAAAAAGAAAGAGGAAAAGGCAAAGAUGGAAAAGACACAAGAACUACGGAAAAAACAGAGAAACAAAAAAGUUUAACGAAAGAUCGGGGAACAUUGCAAUUACCAUCGCAGCCAGAAAGAGGAAUAACGCCAGCGCCUCCAGGUGAAGCACUACAAGUGGAAGAAGAAGAAGGACCACCAGCAUCAGGAGGAGACUCACGCCCACGACAACCGGCAGCAACACCAUCGGCACCAGAACUAUUGUUAACAUUGACUUCAAUCGAAGGACAGGGACAAGGAACCCCGUCAGAGAUUCCACCAGGACCAAAAACAACAACGACGAAUGGGAAACCAGCAGGAGAAGCAAGCCCAACAGCGUCAACAGGCUCCCAGACUGCAACUGAGACAACAAGCACGACGUCACCGUCAAACGCUAAAGUGGCGCUAGGAGCUGCGGAAAAACAUUUAGGGAAUCGCGUUCCAAACCAACAGAAAGAAAAAACGGAAGCACCAGAUUCGAUGAAGGAUGCACCUACAAGUCAUCCAGCGGAAACAAAAGCAACAUCCAUAUCCACAACUGGGAGUGGUGGAGCCCAGAAAAAUGAGGACAGGGUUGAUAACGGUGAUCAACGAUCUAACAGCAAAGAACCACAAGACGGGCACGAAGAUGGAAAUACCGACGAUGCUCCUACAGCCAGUGAGGCCGAACCACAAACACCAGAAACAGACACCACUCAAACAAAUGCUAAAUCUAAGUCUGGCGACAGUGACGGCAGCACCGUUGUCUCCCAGACCACCUCCCCUCUUUUGCUUCUUCUUUUUGAUGUUGCGUGUGCGGCUGCUGCAGCGGUGGUGGCCGCGUGA